AUGUCUAGCGCUACGACACCCAAGAUCAUAGAGGACAGCGCAAGCUCCGCUGGGCCCGUCGAGAUGGUCACUGUUCCCGCGCUCGGCCCGGAGUGGGGGAAGGAAGAGAUGCGGAAUAUGACCAAGAAGGCGAGGCGAGAGCGCAAGUACGAGUCCCGUCACGACAAGUGGGUAGCAUGGAAGCGCGGAGAGCGAGGAAUGUGUGGCAAGUGGUUCAACCGCAAGAUGACCGCCUGGGUUAUGUUUGUUCUGAUAAUCAUUAUUGCCCUCGUCCUUGCCUUCUGCAUACCCCGCGUGCCUGCUGUCUCAUGGGCCAACAACAAGCAGUACCUCGUCAAUGUCACCGAUGGUGAUCUCGCCGACACCGAGCCCGAAUUCAGCCGUGUUCCCGCCAACUUCUCCUUCGCAGCUGCUGCGAACUUGCAGAUGAACACGCAGGACAAUUUCCUCUCCGUGCACUUUUCCAAGAUCAAGGCGAAGGUGUACGACUCGGAGACGAACGAGGUUGUCGCGAAGGGCGAGACGGGAUCGAUGACCUUGCCUGCGAAGCAGUACCCAAAUGUGCAGAUCCCCCUUCUGUUCGAGUACUCUGGGUCCAAUGACACUGAUACGACAUGGCUAAAUUGGUACGAUGGCUGCAAAAAUAAGGCUGCCUCCGUGGGCGGCGAGCGUCCAGCUCUGAAGUUCAAGGUUGUCCUUGACAUGCACAUCACAGGGCUUCCGAAAUCCUACGGAGGUGCUGUCACCGCCAACGACGCCGAGUGCCCCUUCGAGCUAUCCCAGAACGCGGCCUAA